GGAUAUUUUGAUUUGCUUGCCAGAUGCUCAUGGAUCUUCGAAGGUUGCCUCUUGCAAGCUACAAAGCAUCCUAAAGCCAUGUUGUAGCUGCUAUUGCAUUUGAACAAUUAUUCAACAACCAUGAGGUCGCUGUUCCUUCUCAAAGACGCCCUUGUACUUGGCGUUCUGAUUGUCGUCGCUUCCUUCAGCGGCUGUGAUUCCGAGGCCACAACAACCGACCACAGGGUUAUGGUCCCAAUUCUUCCUGAAAGCAGUAAAGAGCUUCUUGCAGACGUCGAGAACGUGGAAACAACCCAGCAGCAGCAGUACCGGUAUGUUGUCAACAACCAUACGGCACCGGUACCCGCGCCGUUCAUUGUUCGGCGUCCUCCCACUGCGGCGCGUAGUAUUGUUGCCGAAGAUGACGACGACGACAGUGAUGAGGAUGAUGAUAGCGAGGAUGAUGGUGAGGAGGAUGACACUUCUUUGUUGGAAACAGACUGGUGGAAGAACGACUACACCGUGGAGCAAAUGUGGGAUAUUCUGAAUUGCUGGGAUUAUCUGGAGGAUGAGGAUCGAUGGGAUUGGGCCCAACCCGACUCGUGGGCACGGCUCCGUCAAGCUUACAACGAUGGCUCUGCCGAUGACGGUGGAUUUUUCGUUCCGGUAUCUGUCGGGAAAAGUCCCGGAAAGGGACUCGGUGGUAUGGGACUUGGCGUCUUUGCGGAAGCCAACAUUCCCGAGGGCACCAAGAUUCAUACUCAAUCAGCUGCGUCCUUUUCAAGUGCACAAGACUACCGCAAGUUCUUGGGAUCCCUGGAAUCGCCCCCCAUGGCAUGCGAUAUCCUGCAUUGGAGCUUCAUUGGGGCAGCACCACGCAACAAUACUUCUUCUGCUAUAGUGCAGCAGCAGGAGACCGCACGAAUCCAAGUACAUCUCGACCCAUUUUCGUGUAUCAAUAUGGCGGCAGGCGACAGGGAGCUCAACGUUGGAUGUCCACCCGGUUCUGAUUCUUGCGACACCAACACCUACGCCCUUCGAAACAUACGCAAGGGGGGAGAGCUCUUGGUGAAGCACUAUGGUGACGACUACUCCAAUGAAGGAUGGCGGUGGUUUGGAUUGCUGCCUGCUCAAGCUCAAUAAUAAUUCCGAGUGCACGGUUUCUUUGUCUACAGGAUCGUCAGCGCGUGAGAUGUCAAUUCUGAAACCAACUCUAAAAGCUUUUCGUGCACUACAUUUCCAGUACUUCAAAACCAAUCCCUCCGAGCUCUGCUUGACCAGUGGAGAAGCUUGAUCACGACCAGUUUCUAUCCAUAGUGUGUGAAGUAUCGAUGCUACAGGGCCCUGUACUGCACAUGUAGUUGAUGGAUAUAGCUUUCUACCCCCUGCAACGAGACAGCUUCUUGCAUUCGUCUGGGAGGGAGAAGGCAAUGAAAGCAAACUCCCAUGAUGGAUGCCAAGUUAUUGUAGCAUUUCUUUUAUAAAAACUGGUGGCUUAAAAUGAGGUUCCAAAGAAAUAAAGCUUUUGGCUCUUUCCGAGCUAGCCAAACAAACCCGAAAUAGACCGCAUGGCGCCCCAAA